AUGUCGAAAGAACAGCUGUUCCAGCUGCUCCCGAUGCCCGACGAUGGGCUGCAGCAGGUACUCGAAUAUGCAGCGACACUCUCCAAAGCCCAAGCGGCCGAGCACUUCAUCAACAUGCUGGGCGACUCGCCGCAGGUAAUCGACUUCAUCUCCACCUUCAACGCUCGUCGCAGCGACCCCAAGCCCGCUCCAGUUCCAGCGCCGACUCCGUCCCGAACGCCAGUGACUGCGCCUAGCUCCGCCCAAACAUCCGACGCCGAUGCCGUACCAAAAAAUCGCCGCGGGCCGAAGAAGAAGAAGGCCGCAAUCCACACCCCACCUCCACGACAGGUCGCUUCGUUUGAGCUCGCGCCGGGGACGGUGUACAACAAGAAGGGCCAGCAGGAUGACUACAUGUCUGGGAGGUCGGGAGCCUCUACGCCAUCUAGCAAUACCGGGAACCACCGAAGCAAUCUUGCACCACCCAAAUCCGCGACACCCCCUCCGCAACCGUCGAAACCCCCAUCUACGGGACUAGGCACGUUGGUGUCGGAUCUAGGCAAGCCCAAACCGAAAUCCAACCCCGUCUCCCGCACAUCCACACCCGGGCCAUCCUCUGCCUCGCGCAAUGCGCCACCUAGUGCACCAACGACAACGAAGAUCUCCAUCACAGGUGGCGUACCAAUGCACGGCACAUCGACCGCCCUCACAGACCUCGACCAAGCUAUCCGCCAGCUCGAAAUCACCACCAAUCCUUCCUUGGCCCCAAACAACAACAAUGACCCCUCGGCCCUUGCCGCGCGCCGUUGCAACUGCGUCGCGACCCGCCACCCCCUGCUCGAGGCCGCGCCCAACUGCACCAACUGCGGCAAAGUCAUCUGCAUCAAAGAAGGCCUCCGCCCCUGCACCUUCUGCCACACCCCACUCCUCAGCGCAUCCGAGAUCCAACACAUGAUACGCAAACUGCGCGCCGAGCGGGGACGCGAGAAACAAGCGCUAGACCGCGAAGCCCACAAGCGCAGCACAGAGGCGUCACGCAAGAACAAGCCGUUCUCGCGGCCCGGUGUGGACGACAAGGCCGACCUGACGGUAGCCGAGGCCAUGGCGCUGCAGCAUCGCGAUCGGCUGCUGGGGUUCCAGGCGCAGAACGCGCGGCGAACGACGGUGCGGGACGAGGCCGCAGAUUUUGAUGUCGCGGACUCCGGGGGGAUGUGGGCGAGCGCGGAAGAGAGGGCGCUGGCGUUGAAGCGUCAGCAGAAGUUGUUAAGGGAGAUGGAGUGGAAUGCGAAGCCGGAGUAUGAGAAGCGGCAGCAGGUGGUGAGUAUUGAUUUGUCUGGGAGGAAGGUGUUCAAGAAGAUGGCCAAGAUCGAGAGGCCGGCGAGUCCGGGGGGGGAGGAUCCGGCCGAGGAUGACCAUCCCACGGCCGAAAGUGCUCCGGAACCAGCGGGAACAAGCGGUGGUCACGGCGGCGCGUUCAGUAAGAACCCGCUGCUCGGUGGGCUUAUACGGCCGGUCUACGAGGUUAACGGGAAAGAGACCGAGUUGGAGGGCCGAAAAGACAGGGCUACGCGGUGGAGGAGGGUGCAGGAUGACCGGGAUGACAAUGAGGCGGUCAUUCUGGAUGGGGGGGUUUAUGGGAGGGGGACUGAGGGAGUUGUAGGAGCUGGUGAUGAGCCUGCAUGUGGGUAG